AUGAAGAGUGACUGGUCUAUGGGAGAACCUAUACAGUUCAAAGAGGGAGAGUUUUCUACUGAACAAAGAGACCAACAGGAGAGAUCAGAGUCUGAGAUUCUCAGUGGUCAAUCUGUCCAGAGUCAUCAAACAGACCUGUCCUCUAUAUUCAGUUUACUUGAACAGAAUAUCAUGAUAUUUGUGAAGAAAGAGCUGAAGAGGUUUAAGACAAUGCUGAGUUCAGAUCUCCCAGAAGGAUUUAAGAGUCAGAGGGAGGAUGAGGAAGGUGUGGACCCUGAAGAUGAGAAGCAGGAAAGCAGUGCCAAAGAGGGGGCUCUGAAGAUCACACUGCAUGUCCUGAGGAACAUGAACCAGAAGGAUCUUGCUGACACACUGGAGAAAAAUGAGCUUGCUGUGAUUUGCCAACAUGAUCUCAAAUCCAACCUGAAGAAGAAGUGUCAGUGCUUAUUUGAGGGUAUCGCUAAACAAGGGAACCCAACACUUCUCAAUAAGAUCUACACAGAGCUCUACAUCACAGAGGGUGGAAGUGGAGGAGUCAAUAAUGAACAUGAGGUGAGACAGAUUGAGACAACAACCAGGAAACAAACAAGACCGGAGACAGCAAUCAAAUGUAAUGACAUCUUCAAACCCACACCUGGACAUGACAAAACUAUCACAACUGUGCUGACAAAGGGUGUUGCUGGAAUUGGAAAAACUGUCUCUGUGCAGAAGUUCAUUCUGGACUGGGCUGAAGGAAAAGCCAAUCAGGAAGUCCAAUUUGUAUUUCCCCUCCCUUUUAGGGAGUUGAAUUUAAUGAAAGGGGAUAAUCUCAGUUUGAUUCAACUCAUCAAUCAUUUCUCAGUUGAAACCAAUAAAGCAAGAAUCUCUAACUACAACAAAUAUAAAGUUGUGAUCAUCUUUGAUGGUCUGGAUGAGUGCCGACUGCCCCUUGACUUCCAGAACAACAAGAGCUGUUGUGAUGUCACAGAGUCAACCUCAGUGGAUGUGCUGCUGACAAACCUCAUCAAGGGAAAUCUGCUUCCCUCUGCUCUCCUCUGGAUAACUACCAGACCUGCAGCAGCCAAUCAGAUCCCUCCAGGGUGUGUUGACCUGGUGACAGAGGUGAGAGGGUUCAAUGACCCACAGAAAGAAGAGUACUUCAGGAAGAGAUUCAGUGAUGAGGACCUGGCCAGCAGAAUCAUCUCACACAUAAAUACAUCAAGGAGCCUCCACAUCAUGUGUCACAUACCUGUCUUCUGUUGGAUCGUUGCUACAAUCCUUGAGUACAUGUUGACUACAGAUGAUAAAGUAGAGCUGCCCAAGACCCUAACAGACAUGUACUCACACUUCCUUGUGUUUCAGUCCACACACAGGAAUGUAAAGUAUGAUGGGAAAAAAGAGACAGAUCCACACUGGAAUAAAGAGAGCAUUCUGGCACUGGGAAAACUGGCUUUUCAACAGCUACAGAAAGGCAAUCUGAUUUUCUAUGAAGAAGACCUGGAAGAGUGUGGCAUUGAUGUCAAUGAAGCAUCAGUGUACUCAGGAGUCUGUACACAGAUCUUUAAAGAGGAAUGUGGGCUGAACCAGGACAAUGUGUUCUGCUUUGUCCAUCUGAGUAUUCAGGAGUUUCUAGCUGCUGUCUAUGUGUUUCUCUCAUUCAAAAACAACAAUAAGAAUCUAAUGAAUGAACAACAAUCAACUGAUGGAAACGUUUCAGUGCAGUUGAAAAAUGAGCCUGAAGUCACAUUUUUCAAGACUGCUGUGGAUGAAGCCUUCCAGAGUAAGACUGGACACCUGGACCUUUUCCUCCGCUUCCUUCUGGGUCUCUCGCUGGAGUCAAAUCAGAAGCAUUUACGAGGUCUACUGACAAUGACCAGAAGCAGCUCACAGAGCCAUGGAGAAACCAUCAAGUACAUCAAGGAAAAGAUCAGGGAGAAUCCCUCUUCAGAGAGGUGCAUCAGUCUGUUCCACUGUCUGAAUGAAUUGAAUGACCAUUCUCUAGUGGAGGAGAUCCAAAGAUACCUGAGUUCAGGAAGUCUCUCCAGAGAAGAACUGUCACCUGCACAGUGGUCAGCUCUGGUCUUUGUGUUACUGACUUCUGAAGAGGAGAUUGAUGUGUUUGACCUGAAGAAAUAAGGACUGAAGAAAUAUGUCUGUGAUCUCACACUGGACCUAAACACAGUAAACAGAAACCUCUCUCUGUCUGAGGAGAACAGAAAGGUGACAAGGAGGAGAGAGGAGCAGCCGUAUCCUGAUCACCCAGAGAGAUUUAAGAACAGGUCACAGGUGUUGUGUAGAGAGGGUCUGUCUGGACGCUGUUACUGGGAGGUAGAGUGGAGUGGGAGAGGGGCUGAGAUAGGAGUGACAUAUAAAGGAAUCAACAGGAGAGGACGGGAUGACUGUGGUCUUGGAUACAAUGAGAAGUCCUGGAUUCUGUACUGUUAUGAUGAAGGUUACUCUGUCAGGCACAAUAAUAAGACAACUGUCCUACCUGUCACCUCCUCAGACUCCCACAGAGUAGGAGUGUAUCUGGACUGGCCAGCCGGCACUCUGUCCUUCUACAGGGUCUCCUCUGACACACUGACCCACCUGUACACGUUCAACACCACAUUCACUGAGCCCCUCUAUCCAGGGUUUAGGGUUCAUUAUAUUAACUCCUCAGUGUCUCUGUGCCCUGCUCCCCAACACCAGCCCCACAACCCCACCAACUGGCUUGUGAAGGACCCCCUUACUCACACCCUCCACUAA